AUGCUAGAAGAACAACGACUCAACAACCCUCCCAGAUAUUUGACACGAAUAACAUGUAAUCAAGCCUACUUUUCUGAAUAUCCAUUCAUAAGAGAUGAGGGUUAUCGAUGUAUGAGAGAUUUGAAUCGGGGUUACGCUCAAAAGAACUGGCCUCAUGACCAGAUACUCUAUCAUAUGCCGGCACUCAUAGUAGCACUUCAUGCAGAAAUAUCCACGCGAGGAUAUGUUCGGAAGGGCGUCUAUACCGUAAUCCCUGAUGAAAGUUGUUGGGGAUGGCACUCAGGAGAGUGGCCUGCAAACCACAUCACACCACCGACAUACAUAGAUACAACUGUCAUGGUAGUUACCCAGUAUUGGAUGGACAACUUCCAUCAUGUCCUCACAGAAUCGUGCUCUCGGUUGGCCUUCCAUUACGAAUAUUUAAUUACUCACAAGGAUGUCCUGCUACAUGUCGCCUCGACUAGAGAAGGGACAUUAACACGUAAAAUAAUGGAAUAUCUGGGGUUUCCUGCUUCUCGGCUGAUAUCUGGUCAUGUCGUGGCUGCUCGUGUAAUUAUGCCAGAACCCGCUUUACAUUGUGGGGUGGGUGCGACUCGUCAGGUCAGAAAGCUUCAUACGAUACUCCAAUCCAAGUUACCGCAAAUCUUCCCGUCCUCUGAGCUGGAUGUAUCGAGCCAUGGUGGAUAUAUAUUGGUAGUAAAACGAUCCAAGGAACGACGAAUGACCAACCAUGAUGAGCUAAUCGUGUCGUUGAAGCAUCAUUUUCCUACAAGAGAAAUUGUCGUCUUCUCGGAUAAUCCAGUGCCUUUCUUGGAGGAAUCGUUUAAAAUGUUUUAUCUAGCUAGUAUAAUAAUAGCACCUCAUGGCGCAGGUCUAGGGAAUCUGAACGUGGUCCGAAAUGGAACUCUAGUAAUUGAAGUGCUGACCAAUGACAAGUUUAUACACUUUGCAUUUGCUCGCCUGGCUCAGCAGAAUGACUUGAGAUACUUUGGAUAUUCGCCAGAAGUUGGUCAAUCAGAAUAUAAGGGAACGAUCACUGCAAAUAUUGAUCUGAUUAUACAGACGAUACAGCGAGAAGCUGAAUGA